UCAUCAAACUCUAUUCUGGUGAAGGAAAAAACCUCCUCGGAACCAACGAUGCUCACAUCUUCACAGCCCAUCUCAGAUUCGAGCACACCGCGCGCAAGAUGAUGAAGCCUCAAUCGCUGCUGCAGCAGAUGCAGCUCUCAUCACGGCGAAUGUACGCAACAGUCCUCGCCACUCCCAUCUACAAGUCGACCCUGCCGCCCCUGCCACCGCUCGGCCAGCGCUCGCAGCUUCGACACGAGUAUCCCGUUCCCGAGCCAGACGAGGCCGAGCUCGAGCGUGUCCGCGAGGCCGAGCAGAAAGCGUUCGAGAGACUGCAAGCAAAGUCUGGGCCUCCGUCAGUUGCCGUCCUGCCGCCGCUCGCUGUGCUCACCACCCUGCACUCGUUCCCGUCGCUGGAACCGACCGGAGUGUCACUAGCACCCGCUAACGUGCUCGACCUGCCCUUCCGCCGCGACAUCCUCUGGGCCGCCGUCGUGUACGAGAACGACAAGGCGUCCAACCGAUCAAGUAUCUUUGUCCGCAACCGUGCAGAGCUUGGCUACUCGCGCAAGAAAUUGUUUGCUCAGAAAGGUCGUGGUCGCGCGCGAAUCGGCAGUGCUGGUUCUCCUAUGCUGAAAGGAGGCGGCAAGCCUUUCGGUCCUCGACAUCCCGAUCCCUCGACCAAGCUACUACGAAGAACCUGGAACUUGGCCAUGCGCACCGCCUUCUCCUACUUUUACCACAGACACCUCUUCACCGUGCUCGAAAAGACCGCCGAGAUCUCGACCGGACAGUCUCGGGCGAUCGCCCCCGUCUGGAAGGAGGUGGGUCUCCAGGGCAAGAAAGUGCUUAUCAUUGUUUCCGAAGAGAGGCCUAAUCUCAGUAAAGCUCUCGCUGGAUACGGAAAGAAGUAUACUGUUAUCAACGUUAAGGACCUUGACGUUCGCACGGUCUUGAAGGCGAAGCAUAUCCUGAUUGAGAAAGAGGCAUUCGAUUACCUGGCCGAGAAAACGCAAGGAAAGGAAUACCUGGACGACUUGAAGAAGGUCAGCCAGAUCAAGCGGAAACAGAGAAGACUGCGUUUCCACUUCGCAAACUACAAGACCAAGCGUAUUUGAAUGUUUUUUCUUUCAAUGUGUUUAUAACUGUAAAUAUCUUGUAAUAAUAUAUUAAACAAAUCAUAAU